UUCAAAAAGCCCACACUUCCCUCUCUCUCUCUCUCUCUCUCUCUCUCUCUCUCUCUAUAGCCUCUGCUCUCGCAGAGCUCGAUUCGCACCGCAACCACCAACAAUGGCGAACAACAACAACGGGGAGAUACUUAUGCUCGAAGCACCGCCACAACAGCCCACCGGUCCUUCAUGGAGACCCUCCGCUAACGCCGAGAUAAUUGACGCCUUGCCGUACAUCGAUGACGACUAUGGCAACCCCGUCGUCAAGAAAGAGGUCGACCGUUUAGUGGAGGAAGAGAUGCGACGAAGCUUCAAGAAGCCCAAUGACUUCCUCAAGGACUUGCCUCCACUCCCCAAAUCGAAUUUCCAGGAUAACCCAAUGCUUGCUAGAGAGUACGAGCGUGUUAGAGCUGCAAAGCCUCCGAUCAUUCUGGAUUUUUCCAGAGAUAAGUUGGAGACACCGCCUGUGAAUAAAAGGAAUGAUGAAACUGCUUGGAAGCAAGCACUUCAGAAAGCUCAGUGCUCCUUCCAACAUCAAGUCUUUAGGUUGGAGAAUUUGGACGUGACUUUUAAGUAUGGUUCUGAGGCAUGGAAGCAGCACAACCGACGAUUGGAAGUGCUUUUGUCCAGAAUGCAAAAGUUAGCUCAGGAACAUUUUGAGAAGAUUGAAGCAGUGAACCGUGAUAGGAAAUUUCAUCAGCAAAAUACUGCUUUCGAGCUUAAUGCUCUGUCUGCACAAUGGAAAGAACUUUGUCAGAAGAAUAUAGAAAUUCAAGCUGCAUGUGCUCAACUUGAAAAUCAUAUAUCGGAAUUAAAGAAAGAAGCAGCAGAAAGAGGCUGGAACUUGGAAACAGGUGCAGAGAAUGGUUCUCAGCCACAUGUUGAAUGAGAAGGUUCAAGAAGAUCCGGCUAAGUUGAUUAAUGGGUAUUAUAAUUAGUGGAAACAAUCCGGCUGACAAACGAAACCAGCAUGCAGGUGCUUGUUGUUUGGGGAAUAUGAGUAAAUUCCAUUCCCCAGAGUGCCCUUUUCUUGUAUGAAUGUUAUUGAUGUAAAAUUUCUUGGGUAUUGCUCUGAUUCGCCUGUAAUGGUGAGAAAGAUUGGUUCAAUUUAACUGCUCUGCUUUUCUUAUGUCUACUGGUUAGCCUUUAUAGGAGUUGAAAAGAACAUGUUAUUGCGCUUGUUAGAGGAGCGUGGAAAUAUGAGCAAGAAAUGAGUAUUGCCUCAAAUUAUUAUUA